UUCAACGUUGACCUCGAACAUCGUUUAUGUAUCAAGUAACGGCCAGCCGAAUUGCUUCUUACUGCGUAAAUGCCAAAGGAUCGUUAUCUUUUGAUGGCCUUUUCUUUUUCAUCGAUUCCCUCCUUGCCUUGGUUUCUAGAGUUGUGUCAUUAUCAGGAGGUUAUUCGGCAGAGUAUCGAAAAAGUUCAGUGCCCUUCAGGCCAGCAUUUGGUAACGCAAGAUCGAUUUCGAAACACCAAGUGCAGGAAAAUGUGGAAAAGUAGAGCCAGAGGUGUUUCAGCCAGAAAAACUUCGAGAUAAAUCGCCGAUAAUUCGAAGAUAACGGGAAGCCUAGCUGUUGCCGUUGGAUUCGAGGUUCUGCGCAUGCGCCAUACGUCCUACCGUAUGGGAGUCUCGAUGUCAGGCGAUUUCCAGUUCUGUUCGGUUCUGUGUUUGAGUGCGUAGUGUUACGUCCCGCUACGGACAUAUUUAUGAUUGUAACAAUCUCAUCAGUUUCGUUGGAUGCUCAAAUAUAGUGUUGAUAUCUUGUGAUGUGUUACUUUCUUCUAUUGGAUUACUAAGGACGUCCUAGUGUUACAAGGAAUUAUGGCGUCUACUAUCGAACCGUGCGAGAGCAAACCUCCCGGACUCUCCAGUCUUUCGAAUACGUUAAAACUCUUCGAUACAUUCAAAUCGACGCGGGACGAGGAAAAAGAUUCAGAUGAGGAGAGUUUUCAUCUUCCAAUGUUAGGCUGUGAUGACGAUUUAGACGCUAAAGAAACCUCCAGAACUGCCAGUCCCAACGCAGAAACAGAAGAUGAUAUAUUGAAUAAGUUUGAAACAACUGCAACGCCAGAUUUGGACCCAAAGAUGGAGGAUAGCAUCCUAAACGAUGAUAUCGAUGAUGGAUGUGAAAAAGUUCAAGCUAAAUCAGGCGAGGAGACUGAUAAGCAGACUGAAGAUGAAACCGCAAAUUCAACGGUUUCCACAAGUACCGCUAGUAAAGUUGUAGAAGAAGAAACCAUAAUUGAUGAAAACGAUAAGACUGUGACUAGAAGGUUGUCAGAAGAGGAAUCGGUUAACAAUGUAGCCAUCCACAAAGUUCGGAACGAACUCGACGAUAGUACGGACCUAGCGGAUUUUGACGUUGUUGACGAAUUGAAUGGAUCCUUUGAGGAGAAGGAAACAAGUACGGGAGGCCAAGCCUCCACAGAAUGUGAGAAAAUGGAAGUCGAUAAUGUUGAAGUAGAAGGUGAUCCCAUCGAAGAAGAUGAAGAAAAAGUCAUUGGCAAUUCGGAAAAGGUGGAAGACAUGUCGGUAACUGAAACAGUUGAAAGUGAAAAAAAUCAUGUAGAAGUGAGCGCAGAUAAUCAAACACCUUCCGAGACUACUAAAACUGAUUCAUUGUCGAAAAGUGGUCCAGGAUCUGAAGACGUCUUGGGUAGUGCUGGUAAAGAGGCGUCAGAAGAGAAAAAUGCAAAUGGAGAUUCACUCCAAACCAGUUGCGUAGAAAAUGAAACUACCGAAAAAGAAAACCUAGACGAAAAGUCGGAGGAAGAAAAGAAAUGUGAUGAGGAAGACGAUCUCAUCAAGGAUAUAGUGAAGGAGGUCAGCGAAAAAAUGGAUAGCGAUGACGAUGAAAUGAUGGUUGAAGAACCGGCCUUAGAAGAGAUAUCGACCCAUCAAACGACCAGUCCUAACAGAAUGUCCUGUAGUAGUAGUGCAGAUGAUAACAUGGAAAAUUGCGCUGAACUCGAAGAAAUCAACUCUGGCUGCGUUCCGAAUGGUUCUAGUGAAAAUAAUGCCGAGGAAAAAGAUGUCACGGUAAGCGAACCGGAGAGUUGUGAACCAAAAGAGAAUUCUAAAGCCCCCGAGACCAUAGAGCUCGAUGACGGAGAGAAGUCCAUGGAUAUUGAUAUUCCAUUGGAGGAAGAGAAACAAAAACCUGAUGAGGAACAGUCCAGCUGUAAGGAAGAAGAGGAACCCGAGAACGAACCAACGAAAGCGUCUAGGACCAAAACUGAAUCGAGCUCGACCUCAAAUAAAGAUACAAACGAGAAAAAAGAUGAAGAACAGCUGGACAAGUCGUACGAUUCCACGAACAGUCUGGAAUGCGACGAUCUAUUGGAUGUCUCAAUUAUUCGCGACGUGGAUGAAGACAACGCGACAGCCAUAGCCGAAAGUGCCAAUGACAAUCAGUCCAGCGAGAAAUCUGAUAACGACGAUCAGGAUGAUGACAAACCCGAUAAUGAAGUGGACGACAGCGAGGCCGAUCAAGAGGACAAUUUACUUUCCAGUGACAAAGACGACCGUAUUGAUUCCGAAGAAGGAAAUAGUAAUUCUUGCGAUCAGGAUACUAGAACUGUCGAUAACCUCGUGAGUGAAAAUACGAGCGAUGCCGAAACCAGGGGUGAUGAUGACGUUGUUAUGAAGGAGGUUGAGGGCCCUGCAAGUCCUACUUUAGGGAAUACAGGAAACGAAUGCGAGGACUCGUCCGAGCAGCCAGCUUUGAGGGAGACGAACGCAGAAACCGAAAGUCAAGAAAAGAUUAAAGAAAAUGUGACCCAGCCUACCAAGAGAAGUUAUUCUGAGACAGGCACCCCAGAAAUCGAAACAACAACAAAAAAAUUUCGCUCGUCUUGUGAAAAACCGGCCAAGUCCUGCUCUGACAGAAGCAGCAGACUAAAGACGCUCAUAACAUUCGACAAGUUCAUGCAGGGCAAGAAGAAACUCACUCUCUCCGAUCUGGAGCAGUUCUGUUUGCAGAAAAUCUGCGAAGCGAUGGUCCACAAGACCGAAGUCGGAGAUUUGCACCAGCUGGUGAAGAAGCAAGAAUUGCUCAUCGAGAAUCUGAGGAAGGACGUACAGCAAUUGACGAAACAAGCCAGAGAUCUAGAAAUAGUCAACAAGAAACUCAUCAACGAAUUAGGGCAGAACGGGAAGAAACCUCUGGUUCCUUUGAGAAUCACAAGGUCAGUGGGGCUGCAAGUGAAGCUGAAUAUUGGUUCGGAAGUGAUCAAUAGGCGGAAACCUAGCAUUGUAAACACUACUCCGAACAGGACUCCUGCGCCGUCUCCUGCUGCAGCUGUUAAUCGGACGAGGAGUAUCACUCCAGCUAACUCUGGUGUCGUGCGGCAGCUCAGUCAGACCACAACCUCCAACUCUACGUCAUCCACUCCAUCCACACGGAAGGCUCCGACUCCGAUCCUCUCGCAGGCUCUUCAACCGAGACAGAUGCCGUCGAUUGCCAAACGACCCACCCCCAUUCGCGCGAGACCUUCGUCGGAGGCGACGAAACCGGGCGGCAACCCCGGCGUCAUCGAUCUGACCGACGAAGACGACAAAACCGCCAAGACUGCAGUCGGAGGAACGCCGCUGAAAGUCCACAACAUGAAGCAGGUGGCGGCGCCACAAAAGAACGUCAACUUAGUCCAGAACAAGACCGCCAACAACGGCCCCGUCGCCGGGAAACCGCCUGGCCCCGCAAGCAGAACCAUGAACAAGCAGCAGGUGAAGGCCCCGGGGGCGGCAGGUGCGAAAACGGGGCCGCCGAACAGGACGGUGACGACGGUGCCGCAGAGUGUUCGCUUGACGCCGACGCAGUUGAAGAACGGUCUGAUUCCCGCUAACGUGGUGACCUCCAGCGCCGGCUCCGGUACUACCCAGGUGAUGUACGUCGUUCAGCCGUCGUCGCUGGUUAACUCGACCGCCGGCGGUGCCCAGAAGGCGGUGCUCCUAAAUUUCCAACCUACCGCCAAUGGAAUGCUGG